UCAUGUCAAGGGAAGUAACACUGUGUUUUCAUCUUUCAAGAGGCUGAUGAUAUCAAAGUGUUCUUCCUUAAGAGUCUGCCAAAAUCUUUGUUGCGUACAAUAUUAAUGAAUUACUGAAAUUGUUAAAAAAAUAUUUUCAAGUGUCUUCUUUAUAAUAAACAUAUAUUGAUAUCUGCUUUUGGCACCUUGGACAAAUUGCCAAACUUUAGCCAGCAGCAAUGUCUGAGGAAAAGCAGGAGGAUAUAGCCUUGAUUGGGGCCAGAUCUGAAUCUGUGACGGAGGAGUCAGAGAGAGAAAGCCUACAUAUGGCCACUAUACCAGAGAAGGAGUCUCCUGAAAAAGAUGCAAGUCUAGCAGGUUCUGUUUGUCAAGAAUAUGCAACCUCUGUGGCAGGUGCCAAAAAUUCCCCUUCACUCUCAAUGACAGCACAGGGACGCAGGCGAUUCAUUCGCCUGGAUACCACAAUAGAUAGGAAUUCACCUAAGAAUUCACCCACCUCCUCGAUGAGUCAGUCUGUAUGUGGAGGACUUUUCAAUGUUAACCCCAAAGAUGAUGGCUUUCACCAGAUAGGACGCACUGUUAUAAAUCCCCUUGGGUUCCACUCUUCUCAGCCAAUAAAUAGCUCCAAAUCGAUAAAGACUGGAAGAUUUUCUGUGAGCCCUGCACAAAGUAUUCAAAUGCCAUUGUCCAAACGCACGCCAAAAAAUAGUGAGAGUAGUGCCGCCCCGUCAACAGCAGUGCCAGAGGGACGAGAGGAGUGGGAACCAUCCAUGCAGUUUGCCAUGUCAGAUAUCUCACUGGUGCCGAACCAGGAGCAGGUGUUAGAGAGACAGGACGAGACCUUUGUCAAGUUUGAACUGGAGCAGCAGCCUCUCAUUGACAACUUCAUGGAAGUCAUACCGCUGAAUCCAGCUGAUGAGAAUGAACAACAGGGCUUUGAUUUGGAUCAAUUUAUAAGGGAGGUAGAUGAAAACCAGACAACCGUGCAUUCUCACUUCUCUGUGAACACGCAGGAUAGCGCAAUCUAUGAGCACGCACCCUUGCAGUGUGGCAAUAUACGCUUUGACAAGGAGUCCAAUGAGCUGCCUUAUGAACCUAAGAAGCACUACAUGUGUGUUGGUAGCGACACAAACAUGCAGGACGUGACCGACUUCAUGUCCAAGUACUGGGGUAUGAGAAACCCGAACAUUGUCCUGUCUGUGAUCUCAGCUGAGGAGCAGUACAAACCAUGGAGGAGUCAGAGGCUCAAUGAUGACUUCCAGAAAGGCAUCAUCAAGGCUGCAAACACAACAGACAUUUGGAUCAUCACAACUGGCAUUGAUGCGGGGAUACCCAAGAUGAUAGGAGACGCAAUAAAGGAGUACAACAUAAAGCUACAGAACUCUCGUCUAAUAUACAACCAGCUGUUGACUAGCUCGGAGUUGCGCCAGCGCAGACCAAAGGUCAUAGGGAUAGUGCCCAAGGAUAUCGUGCAGUACGGAGUCUACCUGGAUGGAACGGAAGGUGUUCAGAUUCGCAAUGUCGGUCAGAAGCCCAGCACCAAUAUAUAUGAGCUAAAUCCUGACCACACGUACUUCAUCAUCGCAGACGAGGAGACUCAGGAUGCCAGACUCGCUAGCCUGCGCUGUGCCAUUGAGAAUCAGUUCAGAAACAAGUCUGCGCGCAGGAGACCCACCGUUCAGAGGCUCAUGAGCUUAGGUUCAGAUUCCGAGCAGGCACGCUCCCAGGAGCAGACUGGGCUGCCUGAAAACCAGGAGAACUUCAUUCCCGUGGUGGGUCUGCUGGUGCAGGGGGCGCCUAGCAACGUGGAUCAUAUCCUGUACUACCUGCAGAACAAGAUGCCCAUCGUUGUGCUUAAGGGAAGUGGUGGGAUAGCCGACAUCAUUGGGUAUGCAUACGAGGAACUGCAGGAGAAGGCAGAGUCAGAUCCUGACUAUGAAGAAAACUUCCUGAAGCCAGAACUCAUCAAGAUGAUAACACGGGCAUUUGGAUCCAACUUUUAUGACAACGAUCUUUCCAAGUUUACGCUCCGAGACAAAAUUAUCCAGUGUGUGAAAUCAGCAAAUGAGGGAGAAGGGGACAGCACAUACAUCACUGUGGUGAACAUUAAGGGCUGGGGCUCCAGCAUGAAGGAUCUUGACAAGUACAUACUCAGGGCCCUCUUCAGAUCUGAAAAGAAGGUAGGGGUGGCUUCCCGUGACCGGCUCCAGAACAAUCUGCAGCUCACAAUUGACUGGAACCGGCCUGACCUGGCCUUGGAGAUCUUCCAGCAAGACUUCAUCAAAGUCAGGAUUGAUAAGAAGAUGUUUGAGAAGGCAUUGGUACAGAAGGACCGGGAGGAGUUUAUAGACUUGUUCCUGACCCAGGGGGUGAGGGUUCACAAGUUCCUCAACCACAAGAAGUACAAGCUGCUCUUUGAGAAGGCCGAGGACAGGGAGUUCUUCCUCAAUGUCUGCAUCGGCGCAGUGCUGGGCAUCAACAUCAUGCCAGAUCAGCCUAUGGGGGACUUGUUUUUGAAAGACAAUUUGAACCGGCUGAUAUACAAGCUGUCCUGGGUCCGUAACUUUGUUGACCCAUAUGAGUUGUCUAUGAAUGCAAAAGAGAUGAGCAGCUCAGACGGUGCAGUCGCUGAAAGAAAGGCUAUCAACUGCCUGGUGCUGUGGGCAGUGCUGAUGGGUCGGCACAAGUUGGCACAAACCCUGUGGAACCGCUGUGAUGAGCCCAUAGGCGUGGCACUCAUCUGCAGCCGUAUCUAUAAGGAGCUCUCCAAGUACAACAUGGAACAGUACCAGAAGACAGAGCUCGAGGAUAAGGCCAAGGAGUUUGGGGAGAUGGCUCUGGGUGCACUGGCCAUCUGUUGGCGUGACAACAGCUCCCAGGCAUACCACAUGCUGGGCAGGCGUCUACCAGACUUCAACAACAAGACAGUUAUAGAGAUAGCCCAUGACGCAGGCUACAUCCACUUCCUGGCACACCCCUGCUGUCAGAAGUGGCUCACCAAGAAGUUCCUGGGAAAUCUGCAGAUUAAGGAACUGGAUUGGGGCUUUGGAAGACUGCCAUACUGGUUCAAGAUUCUCACAAGUGUCUUCUUGAUAUUCCCGAUGUUCAUAUGGAUAACUUUUAUUCCACCAAGUCGAAAAAAAGUUCCUGGUCUUGAGGCAGCUGAAACCAAUAGUUUGCAGGAAGAUGAAGAAGAUGAUGACGAAGAUGAGGAAAUAUUAACCCUUACAAAAUCUACAUUUGACAAACUAAAUAAAAAGGAUAAAGCUCCGUUUGGAAACAAGCUGCGCUCUGUCCUUUCACUGAGCAAGAAGAGCAGUUAUCUCCCUUUUUAUGUGAAGUAUUACCUGCUGUGGACCGCACCCAUCACCAAGUUCUGGACCACACAGGUGUUUUACUUUGCAUUCCUGGGCGUGUUCUCUCUGGCGACCAUCUGGCCAACAUGUGGCAACCAGUACCUGGACAUGGUUGUCUGGCUUUGGGCAAUGACUAUAGAGCUGGAGCUGGUCUGGAGGGUCUACAGGAAGUACCAUCGGUACAAGUCGUUGUCGCUGGUGGGUAACUGUGUAGACAUCCUGCUGAUCAUGGCCUUCCUCAUCAUCCUCCUUCUAACCAGGAUCAUGCACGUCUGGGUCAGACUAUCUGACUACAUGCAGGCAAGGACGUUCAUGUGCUAUGGGCUGGUCUACUUCUUCUAUCGUCUGCUGGGUGUGUACCUGCCCAUCAGUCCAACACUGGGCCCUAUGCUUCUGAGAAUGAGUCGAAUGGUGAAAAAUGACUUUGUAGCGUUUGUACGUAUGUUCAUGAUCUUCAUGAUCGUGGGAGGUGUGACGAUCCAGGCUGUGCUUUACCCCCACUGGCCACUGGGAGUGGAGCUGGUGAAAAGGGUCAUCACAAGACCCAUCUAUGCCAUGUUCUUUACACAGGUCGCUGAUCUUGAUGGUGCUGAGUGCUCUAAAGGGUACGCCAACUCUACUGACAUGUGCUACACAGGAGCUGGCAUGUAUUCUGCAGAUGCCAACACAAAUUUGGUUCAGGACCUGGAAAAGUGCCCCAGGGCCAGUCUCUCUGGUUACGUGAUCACCCUGCAGUACCUGAUGAUCUGCAAACUGGUCCUUGUCACACUGCUCUUUGCCAUGUUCUCACUGACAAUAGCCAAGGUGGACAAGGUGGCCAGUGACAUCUGGAAGUUCCAGCGGUACGCACUCAUUGCAGACUUCAUAGAACGCUUUAGUCUGCCUCCACCUUUCACCUUCCUCAGCAUGCUGUUCCUGAUUGCCAAGAAAUUUGUCAGAUACUGCAGGAAAAAAUGUCGCCACUGCUGCGUGGAAAAGCCCAAGUUGUUGUCAAUGAAAAGUCGCAGUGGUGGCAUGCAAGUAGAUGAUACGUUGUUCUGGAAGAAGGUUGCCAGGGAGUAUAUGGCUACAGAGGAAGCAAAACUGGAAAAAGAUUCCAUCAGCACAAAACAGGGAGAUAUCCUGAUUGGCCUGCAAGAGGAUCUGAAGUCCUACAGGAAGAGCAUGAAGCGGCUCAAUGACCGCAUCAUGGAGCUGGAGAGGAUGGUCUCCACCAGCCAUGUCUGCCUGGAGGACAUAGCUCACAAGCUGGAGAAGUCAGAAGUGCAGGGCAUCACAUACGUGAAGGACAGGUUCAUCCAUGUGGUGGCGCGUCAGUCACCUUACCCUUCCACUUGUAUUGCUCGCUUCCCAGUCUUCGAUAAAUAUUUACACUGGGAGACUGCAUACAGUGUCUACGACCCAAAGACCUACACUUUGGAGAAAUCCAAGUUUCCAGAUCAUGAAAGAGAUUUUGUGGAUGAAGAUAUGAUAGAGAUCAAUAAGAAGGUAGAAGGCGGGUUAGAGGAUGGAGCUCAGAUGACCCCUGUUGCUGACUUUGGUCCCAAAUGGAACACAGUGGUGACGUAUAUGGAGAAGGGUCAACGGAGGGAGAUAGACCGCAGGUCCUGGAUCACCAUGGACAACCAGCCCUUGAGAUAUGUGCUUGACAGUCUCAGUCUGCCCCAGAACCCGAUGGGUCGUACAGGGCUGCGAGGCAAGGGGAUCCUGUGGCGCUGGGGUCCAAACCACAUGAUCAAGGCAGUGGUGACACGCUGGCGCAGGAAGUGUGGCCCGAACCCUGGCACAGAGUUCCUGUAUGUGGAGGGCAAGCGUGUACUGGAGUUCAUCACUGUGCACAAAGACAGCUUCAAUGACACCAGCUUCACACUGCCAGGGGAAAUCUUACACGGACUGAGUAAUCCAUACAGAAUCCUGUGCCACGCUUUCAUGACCCAGGUGUUCAAUGUGGAGGAGAGUGUAUCACGAUAUGACAAAUUUGAUCAGAGAGAUAUGAUCCAGUUCUUCUCCCAGUUUGCGUGUGCCCUGGCUGAUGGCUCUACUGGCCCUUUACCUCCCCAGGACAUGCCGGUGCUUGCCCAGGUGCCCACGCCUUCCCACAUGGCCGACCACAACUCACAUACCAACCUGGGGAGCGAGGUUGAUUCUAAGGGAUUCUGUGCCUCCAUGCUGUACAAGGGUUACUUAGAUGACCCCAGGAACACAGACAAUGCUUGGGUAGAAGCGGAGGUGUGGAACUUUCACUAUAAUGUGGGGGACACAGUUGAUCUCACAGUUUCACAGGAUCUCAGUGUGAACUGGAAUGAGGUGUCUCCCUAUGUGAAGAUGUUUGGAAACGAGGGUGUCAUUAUCCAGGAGGCAGCACGUAUACACGACGCCUACCACUGAUGGGGUGUGUCAUCUUAUAGAAGUCUGUAUGUAUACAAGACGCAUACGGGUACCAUUGAUGGAUAUUUUAUGAAUACACUUUGCCUACCAAUGCUGUAGUGUGUGUUGGUGAAGCAGGCUGUAUAGAUACAUGACGCCUUAAGAAAAAUACCUUUGGGCUGCUGGACAGACCUUUUGAAUGAUGUUGGAGUGAUUGUCUCCAGUUUUUAUAUUUUUCAAACAAAUACUGAUUUUUGCAAUAGUUGCCUUGGUUUGUGGUACAUGAAGGACACUAAAGAAGUGACAUUCUUUAGAAGGAUUAUGGACUUGUCACUCUAACACACCUACGUGAAGCUGUAUUUUAUGUCUACAAAAAAGUGAAAGGCUGACACAGAGUGCAGAAUCAACAGGGUUUAAAGGGAUUUACACACGGGCUGGACAGAAUGUGAACACACAGUUAAGAACUUUAUUUUUGGGAAUAUCUCAAGUUAUUGGAAUACAUCUGACAAAAUCUACAGCGCAUAAAAGACAGUUUUUCUUGCAGAGUAAAUCCUUUAAUACAUCUGAAAUCGGUGACAUGAUUUCACGUUGCUAAAUGAUAAACGUGUACAAGGAAUGCAGUAAAAAUGAAAUUUCUGAACAAUAACACAUUUUUAUUAAAUAAAAUAAUUCUAAUGUAUUUCACAUUGCCAUAAGCAGCAUAAAAAUCUGUCUUUUAUGCACUGGUUUAAAUUCUUAAGAAAACUUUUUUUUUAAAGUUAUUUGAAAUAAAGCACCAAUUACCUUUGUGUUUAAAUCCAAUAAAGUUAAAAGGUGGAACCAUAAAAUUCAUGUGAUCCUACACCCUGGACAUAAGUAUGGUGUUUCUGCGUUGCCAUUACUUACUUUAAUUGAAUUUUCAAGAAAGCACAUAAACUAAGCAUUGUAGGUACACAUUCUGUUGAAUAUUUAAUUAUCCUUUGAUUUCUGUGAAUAAAACCAAAUCUACAAAUAAGGAGGAAAUAAAUUAACUAUGUUAAGUUAGGCAUAUUUAGUCCUGUAAAAUAAUGCAUUUGCGAGUGAUAGUCCAAAAAGUGCCUGUUAAGUCUUAUCUUUUUGUUGUUGAUUUUUUUAUACAUUCCCCAUUGCUUCAUCAUUCGAUAUAUUCAGGGGUAAUUUGCCUCUGCAUAUUGUUGUAUGUUGUUGAAAUUAAAAUUUGUUACAUGAACUAUACUUUUCAUGCUAUUAAGAAAGUUGUUAUGUUAAAAAAAUGGACUUUUUUUAUACUAAGGAACAUUUUUGAAGUUAUUGUGUUCAAAUUUAAUUUGUUUUAAAGACAUUAACUUCUUUUUAAGAAAGAAAGUCUUGCUUGUAUAUUUGCUAGAUCUCAAAAUGCUAUUUUGUACUAACUACAUGAAAUUUGUUAUUGAAAUUUUAUUCUGCUGGUUCAUUGUUCAUAAAUUGUUUAUUUGUUUAUAUUUAAUGCAUGCAUAAUAAUCAUGGUCUUAAUAUUUUGCGAUCCCUUUGCUUAAUUCAGAUCAUAAUGAUUGUAAUAAGUUGUCAUGUAUAUGUCGAAAUUACUGUUACCUUAAUUGUGUCUUUGACCACUUUUGUAAUAACCUCAGAUAUAUUUUCUUAUAUUUUGACUAAAACCUCAAGUGAUUUUUAAACCUAAUCAAUUGUAACUUGUUCAAUGACAGAUGUUCAGGUAGUUUGUUCAUGAUGUGCAGUUUUGUGUAAUGCGUCAAUCUUUGUUGUAUGUAAAGAUGAUUAAAAUGUGAUACAAACACACCAACGAUUUUAGUAAUUAGGCUAUGGCAAAAUACAAAGCUGUAUAAGUAAAUUUAUGUUUUUAUUUGAUGUUUUAUGUUUAGUUUAGUUUUUAGUUUUCAUCACAUAUCUUUUAUUAUUUUUCUUCGUUUUUAAAUAAAUCUUGUAAUGUUUAUCCAUUAAUUGAGUAAACCAUUGAACUGUUUAGAAUAAGAGGGUAGUUUUGUUUAAAGCAGAUUUUUAAUGAAAACAUUUUAAGCAAUUUUUAAUAGCUAUUAUAUAUGUUUUAUUCCUCUGAACACCUAAUGCUGGUUGUAGAAGAGACACUAUGUGGGGUACACGUAGAUCUGACUCGAACAAAUCUCAAUCUUUGCAGCAUUAAUUUAUGGGAAUUGUUUUUGUUUAUUUUAUUAUGCCCCCCUUCGAAGAAGAGGGGGUAUAUUGCUUUGCACAUGUCGUUCGGUCGGUCGGUCGGUCCGUCCACCAGGUGGUUUCCGGAUGAUAACUCAAGAAUGCUUAGGCCUAGGAUCAUGAAACUUCAUAGGUACAUUGAUCAUGACUUGCAGAUGAUCCCUAUUGAUUUUGAGGUCACUAGGUCAAAGGUCAAGGUCACUGUGAUCCGAAAUAGUAAAAUGGUUUCCGGAUGAUAAUUCAAGAACGCUUAUGCCUAGGAUCAUGAAACUUGAUAGGUAGAUUGAUCAUGACUCGCAGAUGACCCCUAUUGAUUUUCAGGUCAAAGGUCAAGGUCACGGUGACCAGAAAUAGUAAAAUGGUUUCUGGAUGAUAACUCAAGAAUGCUUUUGCCUAGGAUCAUGAAACUUCAUAGGUACAUUGAUCAUGACUCGCAGAUGACCCCUAUUGAUUUUGAGGUCACUCGGUCAAAGGUCAAGGUCACGGUGACCCGAAAUAGUAAAAUGGUUUCUGGAUGAUAACUCAAGAACGCUUAUGCCUAGGAUCAUGAAACUUGAUAGGUAGAUUGACCAUGACUCGCAGAUGACUCCUAUUGAUUUUCAGGUCACUAGGUCAAAGGUCAAGGUCACGGUGACCCGAAAUAGUAAAAUGGUUUCCGGAUGAUAACUCAAGAACCCUUAUGCCUAGGAUCAUGAAACUUGAUCGGUACAUUGAUCAUGACUGGCAGAUGACCCCUAUUGAUUUUCAGGUCAAAGGUCAAGGUCACGGUGACCAGAAAUAGUAAAAUGGUUUCUGGAUGAUAACUCAAGAAUGCUUAUGCCUAGGAUCAUGAAACUUGAUAGGUAGAUUGAUCAUGACUCGCAGAUGACCCCUAUUGAUUUUUAGGUCACUCGGUCAAAGGUCAAGGUCACGGUGACCCGAAAUAGUAAAAUGGUUUCUGGAUGAUAACUCAAGAACGCUUAUGCCUAAGAUCAUGAAACUUGAUAGGUACAUUGAUCAUGACUGGCAGAUGACCCCUAUUGAUUUUGAGGUCACAUGGUCAAAUGUUAAGGUCACAGUGAUCCGAAAUAGUAAAAUGGUUUCCCGAUGAUAACUCAAGAAAGCUUAUUGCUAGGAUCAUGAAACUUCAUAGGUACAUUGAUCAUGACUCGCAGAUGACCCCUAUUGAUUUUCAGGUCACUAGGUCAAAGGUCAAGGUCACAGUGACAAAAAACAUAUUUACAAAAUGGCUGUCACUACAACUGAGAGCCCAUAUGGGGGGCAUGCAUGUUUUACAAACAGCCCUUGUUGAUUAAGGGUUUCAAUUGCUGCUAACUUGACUUGCUAAUUGUCAAGAAUCAAUUUGUCAAUUUGCAUAAUGUAUUUGUUGUCACACUAAUGCCAUAUAGGCCAUUUGGGUUAUACACAACUAAAGUAUAUAGUGAUUCAGAACUUUCUAUUUCAUUAUAUAAUUAUUGUACAAUGUUUGAGUUUCUAUUUACUUGUAGAUUGUAUUGUUUAUUGAACUUAAACCAUUAAAUUAAAUUAAGAUUUGGACUAUGAAACUUUCAGAAAAAAAUCAUUGCAUGUAUAUUUCCUUAUAUUAUACCAAAGUUCAUGUAUUACUGUUUUACUGUAGUACCCUUAAAUUGUACCUAAAGAUAGAAAUUCCAUAACAAAUGCUAUUAAAAACUGCAUUAUUCUUGAAAAGGACCUCAAUCAUUAUAGAGCUGAUGAGGGAGGUUAAAGAAUAAACAUUCAUUCAGCAAUAUAUUUGUAACAGGAUAUCAAUAUCUUUGUAAAGCAAUAGCAAUAUCUUUGUAACACAAUAUCAAUAUCUUUGUAACUCAAUAGCAAUAUCUUUGUAACACAAUAUCAAUAAUUUUGCAAACAAUAGCAAUAUUCUUGUUUGCAAUAUCUGUGUAACAAUGAAUACAUAUUAUUGUAAUUCUAGUCCUUAAAGCAUGAUGCCAUUUAUGUUAGGUAUGAUAAUCAGUUCAUGUCCACUGGCUAUUUUCCAAAAAAGAUGUUUAUGAAUAAACUAUUGUAUCCAGCAUAUGUGGCGUAUUUUAUUGAGUACCGACUCUCAACUUUGGUUAACACUCUAGUUAUUAUUAUCAAAUCAAAAUAUUGAAAAUAAUGUGAACGAAUAUGACAAUGUUUAUAUCUUAAUAAAUUAAAGCAGUUUUGAAGUACGUGGAUUUAUUGACAACAUUGGUAUCUCGCCUGUGUAUGGAGUGCUCGUUGAGCUUUUUGUCCAGGGGACUUUUCAAAUGUCUUGUGUAUGGCCUCACCGAUUGAUAACAAAUAUGCCAUUGAAUACAAACUUUACUUUUCAUUUUAUUUUGACUAAGUAUUACAGUGUGUUCAUAUUUUGUUGCGAUAUCGGGUGGUUUGUGAAGUCAUUUUGGGAUAAAACGUGAAAAGACAAUGCGGCGACUGGUCCUGCUGUUUCUGAUGCCGCUGUUAUCGCUGGUGGCAGGCGACGUGGGCUUCACGACGGAAGACGAGUGGGCAUAUCAGUGGUACGAGAACGAGCCCUUCACAAUCCGGUGCGCAGCGUCCAUGCCACUCUUCGACAACCUCACGGUGACCUGGGCCGCGCCUGGGGAAGAGGGGCUCCUCACUACAGCCUCCGUCAGCCAGUACUACGAGGUGAGAAGCAGCAGCAACGUGAGUGGCUCUGAGAUCUAUGUGAAGAGUGUCACACCGUCGGUGCAUGGCAUUUACGUCUGUCAUGUACAUACAGAAGACGGCGAGUUCUACAACAAGUCGAUAUUCGCGCUGAACUACCGAGACGUUAAGUACCACUCGAUGGGAACCAAGUAUCGUCGUAACGUGAUAGUGGCGGUGAUCAGUUCUGUCGUGUUUCUGGUUCCCUUGUUCACCUUGUGCCUGCUCCACGAAUACAGUUGGGAGAAGCGGCACCCCGAGUACAAGGCUAUGUCGCGCGGCAAGUCACAGGAAAUGAAGCUGGCGUAUGAAGGCAAACAUGACUAUAUUAACAACGCGUUCCAAACACAGCUGUGAUUGCGUGAUAUAAUACUACAGUUUAGCGUUUUGAUGCAAUAUACUCAAUCUCUUAUAUAAAACCCGAGUCAAUCAAUAUUCGCCGGGAAGUUGGUUGACACCGUACACGAAUGCAGUGUCUCUAUAAUAAACUUUGUUUUCAAAAACAUCUGGACCAACGCGCACCUGUACACAUACUAUUUGUGCCAUACAUACAUUAUAGUCACUUCAUUGACGUUUAUCCUUGUAAACACUGGAUAUUGUGACGUAAUGCUCGGCGUAGUUUUUUAUAUUAUUUUUUUUUCUACAACGUAACUGUGUGAAAUCGCCAUCUUGUUAGGUUGCGUUCGUUACAAGUAUUAAACUUUGACUUUG